CAUCAUCAUCUCGUAGGAGCUCUGUGAGUAAAAUCAAUGUGUUGGUGAACCGAGCUAGAAACACUAGCUGGGGGCUGAGUAACAUGCCACAGUCCUUCAACGAUGGCUACGUAGACGGUGGAGCCAAUCAUGAAGCGCAACCAGGGAAGGCUGCAAGACCAUCUGGGGAUUCACAUGCCAAUGAGGCUAAGGCCACUCCGGUCAGACGGAAGAUAUCAAUACCUCUGGUUGCCAUGAUAACACCUACCCGGACAUCCCUCCAUUCUUCAUCUUCCGGGGUGCCGUCGGUAGACAAGACACCUCAGAGCAAAGCAACAAAGCAAGGUUUUGCGCAGCAUAGGACACCAACAGGCCACCAUGGCAGCACUAAGAAGGUGAAGACUCCCCUUCAGGUAACAGUCGCCGACAAACCCAGCACCUCUGGCACAGACUGCAAUGUAGAGCACCCUAGGCCCUUAUCAACAACUCCUGCCAAGGUUUCUGUUACAAGGAACAUCGUCAUCUGCAACUCACCAGUGGUUCAGCGUGAGGGAGAAGGGGAAUCCCCAAGACCUGUGCCUGACUCUCAGGAAGGUGCCGGAGCCGUUUCCCUUGGGAUACUACAAGAAGGUGCCGUGCAGAAGAAGAUGAGAAGAGGUAAGAGUGGUGUCACGACCGGAGAAGGAGAUAGAGACUUGGAGGAUCAGUCAAAGAUCAGCUCUGCUGCAAAAUCAUCCAAAGAGAAGAAAGGGUUACAAAAUAAGGAUCUAGGAAAGGCUUCAAAAAAAGAUGGGAAGACAGCUCAAGCUCAGUCCAAGAGAAGCAGUAGAGAAGAUUCCUGUGAGGCAGUUGCCGUAGCAGCUCAAGACAUCACCGACAUUCCAGAUACCCAGUCCCAGAGCCUUGACAGUGAAGCAAGUCUAGAGAGUCACCAGUUUAAAGGUAGAAAGAAGGGUCGCAAAGCAGCCACCAAUCCACCAAGUGAGGGAUCGAAGAGGACAACACGUAGCUCCAGAGCUAGCCAGGCACAUGGUGCGGACAAGGCUAGUGGCUUGUCUCAGCCAUUGCAACCUGAAAGUAAAUCCAGGCGUGGGAAGAGGUUCAAGCUCUACUCAGAGACAUCCUUACUGAUGGACAGUUCUGAGAGUGAGGACAUGAAUAGCGGAAGCAAGACGGGAGGGAAGGGGACGAAAGCCAAAAGAGGGAGUGAUAAAGCAUCUGACACAGUCAGAGAGACAGAAGAACAUGCGGUUACAACUUCAAAAGGGAAAGGAGCGCGCACCAAGAAAGGGAAGAAGAAAGAGGAGAAAGAAGAUCUCCAGGUUACAGAAGAUCAGCGCUACAAGUCUGACAAGGAAGUAGAAAGUACUCAGAUGAAGCCAAAGGGUGCUUCCAAGAAGGGCAGAAAUGACAUCACCGGACCGCUCAUGAUAGAGGACAACCUGUCGCAGGACUUUAUUGUGCCAAAAGCGACGGUGAAGGGGAAGCCUACUCGUGGGGUCAUUGACCUUACAGAAGAUAAGAUGACCUCUGGUGACUCGAUGUAUAACCCUGACCCACUUGAAGAGGAAGAGCAUUUGACAGCUUGCCUACCACAGAUUGACGAGAGGGCUGCUGCUAAGGCAUUAGCAGCUGAAAAUGCAGAGUACUGUGUCCCCAGCUCAGCUCCAGAAGAAAGAUGUGGCUCUUCUCAAGACAAAGAGGAGAUUAUACCAGACUCUCAGCCAAAGAAAAACUCCUUCAGAAGAAGUGGCAGAUUUCCAAGUCCUUUGCUGAGUGACAUCACAGAGGAAAGUACAAUGAGUAAAGGCAGCAGUGGGCCCAAACUUGGAAAACGCUUUCAGUCUCCUCACACUUCCAGUCAGUCAGAAGAUGCCUCCGAGCCCAUCGUCAUAAAGAGUAGAACCAAGCCGGAGACUGCCAAAGCAGAUUCUACCUCCGUGAAUCAAGACGAGAAAGACCCCUAUGACUUUGUAGAUUCCUCUACUGUCAGUAGUUUACCAGUUGUCUCGAGGAAGACUCCUCCGAAGGGUGGUGGAGGUGAUGCAGGUAGUGCAAAAGCGGCGAAAAAGCAGGGUGGAAAGGCAGUUGGAGCCAAAAAGGGAAAAAGUGGACAUCCUGUGACUGCUUGCCAAGAUGUGGGAGUUGAAGAGAGCAGCCAGGAUGAUUUUGCGAUCCACAGUCACACGUUUGGAUUCAAGAACAAGGGGAACAGUAAGAGUCAAAGCAGGGAUCAAGGUAAAAGCCAGCGAUUCGCCAAGGGCCUGAAGACGUCACCUGAGUCGGACCAUCGUCAGGAAACUACUGAGGCUGAAGAUGAUGAUCUAAUGGCACCGGAGAAACCUCGUCAGUCCUCCAGGAGAAAGAUGAAAGGAAAACUGGACAGUGAUGAUGCAUAUGUUCAGCGCAUUCAGAGAGAAACAAAGGAGCUUGCAGAGUUUGCUAGUCGGAUGCAAGACCAGGAAGAGGAGUUUCCUGACGUUGAGGUCGCAAGAGAUGUAGCCCGUGUGACUGAAGCUUAUGAGGACACCAAUAUCUCUACAUUUGUGAAGUCUGUCAUGAAGAGCCUCCCUAAGCAUAGGAGAAAUAAGGAUAUCCUCAAGAAUGCCACCCAUGGAGAAGAUAAGACCGUUGACAGGUUGGACAAGAUUCGGGGUGGUGAGGUAGAUGUAGAGGCAACACAUGCAGAAAAGGAAGAUCUAGAGGAUGCCGAAGAACACUCUCAUCAUCGUAACAGGCGAAGCUUCUCAGAUUCUAGAAAUAGAAGUUUGAAGUCCCUGUCAAAAAGUCGGGAUGCUGAAGUAGGAGAUGAACAGGGAACUUCAAAGCCUUUGAAGAAGAAAGUAAAUUCUCAUGCUGAUGCCUCAAGAAAAGAGGUACUUAAAGGAGCCGAGGACAAGUCUUCAAGAAAGACCACCAGAAGAGCUAGUAGGGAAUCUAUAAAAGGUGAUGAGAGCCUUACUGAAGGAGAGAUAAGCGUGGACGACAUGGUCAGUGCACACAUGGAGAGCAUCUUAGCGAACAGGUCAGAUGGCAUGAAGGAGAGUGCUCCAAGAAAAGCUGAUGAGGAUAGAGUCAAAGAGAGAAGAAUGGUUUCACGUAUGGACGCGCUUGAAGUGAAUGAUGAGGUUCUGAGGCGUGCAGAGGACAGUAUCUCUAGACGGAGUAAGAUGAUUGUGGCUUUGGAGCACAGCAGUGUUGAUCUGAGUGACACUGAACAAGAUAAGGAAGUAGAGAAGAUACAGGGAAAGAGAUCUGUAGAAAGGGAGGUGUCCCACACAUCCGAUGGUACAAGCAAAAGAUCCAAGCAAUCAUCAGUAUCUUCCAUCCCAGAGGAUCAGACUCCUCGUGCUCCCACGACCAAGGUUCAGUCUUCGACAGGUCACAAAGAAAGGCAAUCAAAAGACAAUCAACCCAGAUUGUACCAAUCAGAUGAUGGAGACGUGUAUGAUUAUGAACCUGACCUGGAAGAGAUUCAAGCAUCCAAAAAAAAGACCAGGCGAGAUAAAUCUGAACAGCAGAAGGACAGUUUCACCCAGAAAAGCAAGACCAUGAAACCAAAGACCACUAUCGAUGAUACCCCUAUGUAUUCUGCCAAGAACAGAAGAAGCAUGAAGGACAGUGUAGACCUAGAAGAGGCACGGUCAGGAUGGGUCAAACCCAAGACAGUGAUCACCGCACUUGACGAGACGAAAAGGUCAGCAGCGAAGGUGUCCAAGGACAGCAGGAGACACUUUGGAUCUCAGAUUGAGGAGUCGGAUUCAGAAGAGAUCAUGGAAACGGAAACCACCACCUCUCCUGACGACACCUCUACCGUUGUAUCAGUGGCGAGUUUCAGCAACAUGUGCAAGGACUUGUUAAAAUCAUCUGGCAAAGGGAUUGCCGCAGGUCGUAAAAGGAGAAAUGUACAGACAGUUGAUUACAGAGAGUCAGAAAACUCCUAUAGUGGCUCUGAUGAUCACCUUGACCUUCAAACACCUGGUAGAUCUACAACGAAGACAGCAUGUGAGAAACCAACUAGAGACAUCUAUGAGUACCGAGAGGAGACGAGCUCCUGCUGCACAGCAUCCUUCAUCGAAGACGCCAUCAGCGAACGUAGCUGGCUGGCCGACAGACCCAAACAGAAGGUGUCCACCUACUCCAAGUCAAGGCGGGAAGUCUUCGGCCUAACCAAGCUCACACAGAACCUGGACACUGUGAAGAAACCCAGACACAAGCCCCAAGUCAAGCAGAAUGCCAAUGCUCCAAAGAAAAGGAAAUCCCAGAGUUCCAAAGAGGCGGAAGAAGAGGAACUCCCUCUGUAUUACUAUGCAGAAGAGGAACAGGAGGCUAAGAAAGCAAAGAAACAGACCAAGAGAGGGACCCAAGGGAAAGAACAUGAUGACGUCGAUAGAGUGCCUUCCCGCCAUGAACCAUUGUCCAAAAAGGUAAUACAGAACAUGGUCACUAUGUAAUACCUCUGUCACCCCAUUGAGACCGACAGAAUAAACACAUUAUUACAUUACUCUAAAUUACCAUAAAUUGAUUA